GCCACAUUGUCUUUCGUUCGUAACAAAGGCCAAGGAAAGAAUUGGUACCUUUUUGUUUUCAAAUUGAUAGCCCGCAAUCUAGAUUCAACAUGAAGAAGUUUUCAUUCCGCUCGUUUCGGCCGUCAAAAGAUACAGGAGGGGAGCAAGGGUCAUCAUCAAGUGACAAGCAAGCUGUUUCGUCGAAGCGGAGAGAGCAAGUUCGUAAAGCUCAACGGACACAUCGCGAGCGCAAAGAAAAAUACAUCAAGUCGCUAGAAACGGAGGUACUACAGCUACGCACCAACGAAGCCAACUUGCUACAAGAAACGCGGAGCCUGUAUGCAGAGGUUAGCCAACUUAAAAACCUCCUCACAGAACUUGGUGUCCAGUUACCAAUCUUGGGUGCAUCGGGCCUGGCAGAGUAUGAAUCUACCGCAUUUCCCUCCAACUCGGUGGUGAGUAUUCGGCAAGGCAGCAUAGGACCACAGAUACACGUGGGUCAUUCAGCAGCAGAUACAAGGCACCGCAAUGACGGGUUUCAUUUAUCCGCGAAUCUUCAUACAGGCGGGGCUCAGCGUAUUUUUCAUAAAGAAGAUAGCCAGACAUCGGAUGUUACUAGCAGUCUUCAAUCCCCUGCCUCUGGAGAGGUGUUAUCAUCUCCCAAUGCCUACGAAUCAGCACAGUCUGUGACAAGCCCCGAGAGUACGGCCGACCUCGACAUGGAGAGCAUCGGGGUAGAAUUUGUAUUAACCCUCGAGAGUCCGUGUCUCGGUCAUAUGCAAGGAAAUCCCGAUGAGCCAGAAGCUCCCAGUGGACACGUUCUUACAGUCUCUGCGCCGCUCCUCUACCGAGCUCCCAGCAUAGCUACGGGUCCCCACAUCUGCACGACCACGCCCUGGGAGGCACCCGCUUCUGGGCUUGAACGGCUCUUGAGCCUAUCCCAGGGUUUAGUACUAUACGGCGAGGUCACGCCGGUUCAAGCAUGGAAUUACAUCCGACGGCGCCUAGGGCCCAAGGGCCUUGAGGUGGAGAGGCUUCGGACGCUGACAGAGAAGCUGCUGAAGGAAGUUAGCUGCCAUGGGUUUGGCGCCGUUGUUGAGCAGGGAACUUUUGAGGGCCUGGUAUUCGACACUCUGCUAGUUGGACAGGUGGCUUAAAAGUUAGUUGAUAUUUUGAACAAAAGGGCGGCUGGUGCGUGCGUGAGUUCUGUUUGGUAUCGGGGAUUGAACCGGGGAUUGGAGAGUUCCCCGUCUGAAUUGGGCUACAUAGCUCUAGCUCUUCUCAUAUUGUAGCAACGCGUCAUGAUAAUAAACAGGCUAUACCAUUUAAACUCGGUUUUUAUUGAG